AUGGCGCUGUCGCCAAAGCAUGCGACGUCGCUGCUGCGCCGCUGUGGAGAGGAGUCACUUCCCAUCCGUGGCGAGCGAAGACUUCGAUCUCUCCGGAGCCAGCGCAUCGAAAUUGACGUGCUGCACUGCAAUGCGCUUAUCUGCGGCUGGUCCCGACAGAGUCAUUGGGAGGAGGUCUUGGGCUUCUCCUGUCUACAAGACAUCCCGGGCGACGGGGUGACCUGUAGCGCCGCUGUCAGCGCGUGUGCUCGCGCGCAAGUUUGGCAGAGAAGCUGCUACCUGGCGACAAAGUCUUCGGCGGAUGCCGUGGCGCUCUCUGCCGCCCUGCGUGCUGGGUCUUGGGAGAGGGCCAUCAACCUGCUCACGCAUAUGCUCCACCUCGGCUUGGAAGUCGAUGCGGUCAGCGUGGGGGCCGCUGUUACUUCUUGCCAGGUGGCGGCAGCGUGGGUGGCAGCGAUGGCGCUUGUCCAGCAGAUGUCUUUCUUGGUCAAUCUGAACCGUCUGGUCUGCCAUGCCGCGAUGAUCGCUUGCCAGCGUAUGUCUGCGCACCUGGCCGCCAUGGCACUGCUGAAGAGCAUGGUCGGAUGGAAGGUGAGAGCCGACUGCAUCGGCUUUGCCAUCGUCUGCAAUGCCUGCGCGAGCGCGGAGGCCUGGGUGGAAGGAAGCGCGGCGCUGGCCUGGAUGCAGGAGAAGCUGAUCAGCAGUGACAUGGUGGCCUGCAACUCCGUCCUUUGCUCCUUGGGCCUGCGCUGGCGAUUGGCCGCGCUCCUUUGCCAAGGCUCAGCUAAGCUCAUGACCUCGCCGGAUGUCGUGAGCUGCAACACACUGAUGGGCAGCUGCACGAGAGGAAGCGCUUGGCUGGCGGCCGUCCAGGCGCAUGCCGCGAUGCACGUGGCUGCUCUGCAGCCGAACGCCGUUAGCCAGAUGAGCCUCCUGGGAGCCUGGGAGCAGGUGCGUCGAUGGCCCAAGGCACUCUCUUCCCUCCGCGCUUCCUCGGCAGCUUACGGGGCUGCCAUCUCUUCGUGUGCGAGGUGCAGCCAGGCCACAGUGGCUCAAAAGCUGCUGAGGGAGAUGGCGAAGGAGACAGUGCGGAAAAACCUCCUUUGUGUCAAUGCGGCCAUGUCUGGGCACGAUCGCCAGGGUUCCUGGGAAGAGGCGCUUUCUUUCCGGAUGGCCGGGUCGGCCGACGGGUUGGGGAUCGACUGCAUUUCGCUCUCGACCAUCGCAUCUGCCUCAGAGCGCGGCUCCGCAUGGCACGCGGCGAUGGAAGUGCUUUCUCUAGCAGCUGCGUGUUGCGUCCGUCUCGACCUACUUUGCUGCGGCCUGGUGCUUAACGCCUGCAGUCGCUCCCAGCUCUGGACGCUAGCCCUGAGUGCGUGCAGCGCAUUGGCAAGCCGACACUUGGUCGUGGAUGGCGCUUGCACUGCCGCGGCCCUGGGAGCAUGGGUGGCUGGCAGGCACUGGGCGGAAGCCCUGGAGCUUUGGCACUGUUUCAAAGACGUGGGAUCGAUCUGCGGGGACGUAGACGUCGCCCGCAAUGCUGCCGUUGCUGCCAUGGGGAGGCUUGCUCAGUGGAGGAUGUCUCUUGAGCUUCUUCCUGGCGGAGUCGUGAAGGCGCAGGAUGCUGUUGGCUAUUCUGCCGCGAUCCUGGCCUUUGAAAGAUCAGGCGAAUUCGACCUCGUUCUACACUUCCUCACGGGAAUGGUCCCAAGCGCACUUACUCCGGACCCCCGCACAGUCGAGGCCGCUGUCCGCGCGGCAUCGUUGCAGGGCGGCCAGGCCAAGGUUGCGAAGCUCUUGGGCGCCUUGGGCGACGAGGCCUUCCUUAACGACGAAACGUUGGCAGCCCUGUAUUCAGCGACUGCUUACUACAAAAAAGGUCCAUAA